AUGUCAGAUAGUUCCAAAUCAACACAUUUGUUUGUUCUAAUCCAUGGUCUUUGGGGAACAGCUUCUCAUAUGGAAACAAUAGAACAGUUUAUCAAAGAUUCGUUACCAGAUUCAACCGAAGAUACCAUUACUACGAUAAAACCAUCUUGUUUCAGGUUUUGGAAAACUUAUGAUGGGUUAGAACUUAAUAGUAAGAAAAUCGUUAGUGAAAUUUUUUAUGAAAUUGAAUCACUUAAAGAAAAGAAUAAUCUAAACGUUACCAAAAUCAGUUUUAUUGGAUAUUCUUUAGGCGGGUUGUUAUCGCGUUAUGUCAUUGGACUAUUAAACGAUUUGAAAUUCUUUGAUAAAGUAAAACCUGUAUUUUUCACAACAUUUGCAACACCUCAUGUGGGUAUUCAAUUUUUCAAUGAUAAUAUAUUUGAUAUCACAGCAAACCGAUUGGGUCCAUAUUUGUUUGGUAAAUCUGGAGGUCAACUAUUUAUAUCCGAUUAUGAUAAGAUUUUAGUGACCAUGGCAGAUCCUAAUGAGAAGUUUUUUAUUGGAUUGAAAAAGUUUGAAAAACUUAUUUUAUUGGCCAAUAUAAGAAACGAUAGAUCUGUGGCAUUUUUCACAUCCUAUAUAACUAAUUACUCACCAUUUGAAGAUUUAGAUCAAAUUAAAAUCAGUUAUUUGGAACAUUUACCACAAGUUAAAAUUGCCAAUAAAGUCGUCACACCCAAAUUUGUUGAUUUGACAAGAACUCAUAAAUUAUCUCCACAAGAUAAGAAAGUAUUUGUGGGUAAUAUCCAAGAAGAAACGCCGUUUAUAAGACGAUACAAAUGGACAAAAAUUUUAAUUAUUAUAUUAUUAGCUUCCUUCGCAGUUCCUUUUUGGAUUCCCUUGGUAUUCUUCACCUCAUCCAUAGUUUCAGUAUACAGUUUUAUCAAGAUCAAAGUAAUCAAAGCACCUAUGAUUUCGGACCACUGGAAACGAGUGACAAGCUUUGUUUUUGAUCACGCACCGAUUGAUCCAGAAGACCGUAAAAGUGGAAUGGAGAGACGAGAAGAAAGACGAACUUUGGAUAGACACGAAUCAUUUAGGGGAGACACUUCAAAUAUGGCUGAGCAAACUGUUGAUAGGGUGUUGUAUGCCGAAGAACAAUUGAUGCGUAAAGUUAGUCGAACCGAUACUAUUGAGGAAGAAAACUACGGUAGUAUUGAUGACUCAGAAUCCAACGAAUGUGAAGAUAACGACCAACCCGAAGAGACAAUCGCGUUGGUACAAAUGGAUCGUGAAUUGAAUGACAAAGUGAUUGCUGAGAAAAUAGCAACGUUGAAAGAUUAUAGUUCAUUCCCAUUAUUUCAAGAUCAAAAAUUCAAAUUACCAUUGAACAAAGAGAAACAAUUUAUCGUUGAUAAUUUGAAUACUUUAGAUUGGAUUAAAAUUCCUGUUUUCCUUGAUGUUUGGAAUGCACAUGAUGGGAUUGUUGCUAGAAGAGGUAUGAAGACCAAUGCCAAAGGAUCUUCAACAAUUGGAUUAUGGACAUCAAUAUUAAGAAACCAUUUAAAAACACAAACAGAUGGUAGCUCCUGA